AAAUCAUCCUCAUGCAGCUCACAGCAGAAGACUGAUUCCUCCUUCCUCUCUGUCUGCAGGCAGCCAGUCCUUCUUCAGCCGUAAAGACUCCAUCCGAAACAUCUACACCUCGCUGUACAACGAGCUCAGGAAGGUGGUGACGGCGGGACGUCACGGCCAGCUGGGCUCCGCCUCUUACCUGGAGGACCUGCUGUCACACCUGUCGGAGCAGCUCUGUCACUUCACUCAGGCCCGGAUGGAGAUGGCCGACCUGUACGAGAAGAUGCACGCGCUGGGCAGCCAGAAGAGCAUCAACUCAGACGAGCUGGUCACCACGCUGGAGGCCGUCCUGCAUAAAUACAGCUCAAAGUUCCACCACCCGAUCCUGGGCCGCGUGGAGGAGGGCUUCCAGACGGAGGUGGACGUGGUGACCCAGCUGCUGCGCUGCCAGGCCCAGGUGUCUGAGUGGCACUUCCUGCCCGCUCUGCUCAGCCUGCACGGCGCCAACUCCAAGCUCAUCGCCUGGGGUCAGCUGUUCCAGCGGCAGAAAGAGACCCGCAAGCAUCUGUUCGGAGGUCAGUCCCAGAAGGCCGUGCAGCCGCCGCACCUGUACGUGUGGCUGCAGCGCUUCCAGGCGGCGCUCCUCGCAAAGUUCAGCUUCUAUUUCCAUGAAGCGCUGAGCCGGCAGACCGCUCCGGCCGACAUGAGAGCGCUGACCGCUCGCACCACGCCGGACUACCACGGCAAGAUCUGCUCCUUCAUCCGCAAACACGACGCCAGCAACGUGUCUCUGGUGUUCGACAACCGCGGCUCUGAGAGCUUCCAGGGCCACGGCUACCACCACCCGCACUCCUACAGAGAGGCACCGAAGGGCGUGGAGCAGUUCCCCGCCGUGGUGUCCCUGCCGUCAGGGGAGCGGCCGUUGACGCACUGGCCAAACGUCAUCAUGAUGAUGGGGGACCGCGCCACUGAGCUCAACACUCUGGACAAGGUGGUGCACUUCUACGACGAUAAAGUUCAGAGCACCUACUACCUGACGCGGCCCGAGCCGCACUUCACGCUGGUCGUUAUCUUCGACGGCAGGAAGUCGGAGAAAGAUCUGCACAUCGCCGCCUUCCUGCAGGAGAUCUCCGGCUCGCUGAGGAACUCCAAACCCUUCAGCACCCUCAAACCCGGAUCAAAGGGCUGAAACACGAACUCAUGAAGAACCUCGAGUCAUUUCAGAUAAAUAAGAUGGUUAAACCUUUAAAAACUCAGCAAACUGGUGUGAUUUCCUCCAAAAACAU